GACACGAUGCCCGACGUCUAUCCUUUUCAUAAUUUCUUCUUUUAGUUUAUUUUCGUUUUGAUUCAUUUUUAAUUUUCAGUAUAUUUAGAACCUCAUACAGAGUCACAGUCUACAAGCAUUUUAUUUCUUAAUUUAGUAAUAAUUUGUUUGAUAAAAAUUCAACCUACAAUUUCUGCCCGAAAUAUAGUACAAUAUCAACAUAAUAAUGAACAAAAUAAUAUUUUUCAACAAACAAUAGAAUUAAGUGAUUUGGAAGGAUUAGUUGAGGACAACGAUGACAAUAUAUCUGAUGAAGAAAAUGAAGUUAUUAUUGAAAAAUCUAAGGAAUUUCCAAGAGGAUCAUAUAGUAUGAGAACAAAUUUUAAAAAAUUUCGAAAUGAUAAACAUAGAAAACAACAACAAAAUAAUGAUAAUAUUGGAGGUUUAGUUGAUAGUGCAACUUAUAUACGAACAUCAAUACCAUUAAGAAUAUUUCAAUGUAUACGAAAACUAAGUAUUUUACGUUGUAUGAAAAUAUUCCUAUUACAAAAAAUGGAAAGUAAAGCAAAUUUUACAAAUACUGGUAAUUUAACAAAAGAUUUUAUGGAACAAUUUUUCAAUGAAGAUAAAAAUUAUCCAAGUUUAACUGAUAAACGUUAUAAAAAUGUAAGUGAUACUGAACUUACAAAUCGAUUAAUUUUUCAUUUUCAAAAAUUCUUCAAAGAUCGUGAUAUUAAAUUACACUUUAUACCCGGUGUAAUGGUACAAGUUGUUCCAAGUACAGAAAAUCGAAUAAAAUUAACAGUAAAAAAUAACAAAAAUGUUCGAGUAUCUGAAAAUGAUGAUAGUGAUUAUACUGAUAUUAUAACAGCACGCCGUAAAGAUGAUAAAAUUCGUAAAAAGAAUAAAAAUAAAAAACAUAAUUAUAAGCAUACAAUGAUACAAAUGGCUGUUCCAGUUUUAAUGAUGCCAGCAAUUUUAUUAGGAACAUUUUUACCAUUUAUGUUACCAGCUUUUAAAAUGGCAACAAUUAUGUCAGCUCUAUUGAAUAAAGGUGCAUUACUUGCAGCAUUAUUAUAUGCAGCACGUACAACAGCAUUAAAUAAUGAUUCAGAUAUUAUUCAUUAUGCAUACAAUCAUCCAGGUUAUCAUUAAAAAUUUAAUAUUAAUAUGGUAAUUCAAAUAAAG